AUGAACUACUAUCGAGGCGAUUUUGUUCACUUUCCAUCGCUCACGUCUGGAGUACAACUAUGUCGAGACCAUUUGCUAGCUACCGACGAACAUGGAUACAUCUCACAUUUCGAGCCUGCGGACUCUCCCCAAUCUGAGGCUUUGCUCGACGUAAACGCCGGAAAUAUAACCCUCAUACCCCUCGGAUCUUUCUGUGUACCCACUUUCUGCGACCUUCACCUUCAUGCUCCACAAUUUUUAUAUCAGGGAACUGGCCUCCACCUACCGCUGAUGCAAUGGCUGGAGGAAUAUGCAUUCAAAGCUGAAGAGAGAAUUGACUCGGAUCCUCAGCUUGCCCGUACCGUUUAUGGCCGGCUCGCUCAACGCCUCGUGGAGAAUGGCACUGGCGCUGUCCUCCUGUUCGGGACUAUUGGUGUCGAUACGAAUCUCGUUCUUGCAGAGGAGAUGCAACAAGCUGGCAUCCGAGCAUUCGUCGGCAAACUAUCCAUGAACCAGAAUAGCCGUCCGACCUAUACCGAACACGAUACACACACAUCACUUAAUGCGGCCACCUCUUUCCUAUCUCGCAUGGACGAGUUCGCUCACCGGCACUCCGAGUCUUGUCUAGUCAAGCCCGUGUUGACUCCUCGAUUCGUCCCCACCUGUUCGGAUGACCUACUCAAGGGUCUAGCCGAGCUAUCCCAGAGCAAAGGCGUCAUGGUACAAAGCCACCUCGCCGAAGCGCACGAUCAAGUAGCAUGGGUGAAGGCCGAGCGUGGCCUGGACGACAUCGAAGUCUUCGAUCGCUCAAAUUUACUAGGAUCCCGCACGAUUCAGGCUCACUGCACGUACUUAUCAUCGCCGGAAUUCGACAUCCUCGCAUCUCGCGGAACCGCCAUCGCCCAUUGUCCCCUCUCGAACGCCUAUUUCUCCGCACGACCGCUCGCUCUGCGCGAGGCUCUCACAGCAGGCGUUCGUGUUGGUCUAGGAACAGAUGUCGCAGGUGGAUAUAGCGCGAAUAUUAUGGAUGCUAUGCGUUGGGCCGUCGGGGUGUCCCGGAUGCGAGACGGAGCGAGGAUAGAAAGCGCAGCAGACGGUGCGGGUGAAGGUGGUAGUGUGAAGAUUGACUGGAUGGAGGCGAUGUUUCUGGCUACUAGGGGUGGGGCGGAGGUACUUGGGCUCGAAUGCGGUGUUUUCGAGGUCGGGGCACCGUUCGACGCUCAAUGUGUCAAGCUAUUCGACCCAUCGAGUGGGCGAGGCGUUGGUCAACUUGAAUUUCUCGAUGUGGAGUUGGGUACGGCUUCGAAGGAUCUGACCGUGGAUAUGGUCGAGAAGUGGUUUUGUUUGGGGGAUCAGAGCAACCGUACAGGGAUGUGGGUUCAGGGUCGGAAGAUCGGGACCUGGCAGCCUUAUCCAGCGCCACCACAUAUUUGCUGGAUGGUCCUGAAAGUUCUCGAUUCGUUUGGUCCGUCAUAA